AUGUCGUCUCUUACAUCUGUGGUUCCUAAACUUUACCAAGAAUACAUAACUAAAACACCUAAAAAAUUGAAGAUUAUUGAUGCUUAUUUACUGUAUGUGUUUUUGACCGCCGUGAUACAAUUUGUCUACUGUUGUCUUGUCGGCACUUUUCCUUUCAAUUCUUUCCUUAGUGGAUUUAUUUCUACAGUCAGCUCAUUUGUUCUUGGUGUUUGCUUGCGGCUACAAGUGAAUCCGGAAAAUAAGAAUGAGUUCCAGGGUCUGAGUGCAGAGCGUGGCUUCGCCGAUUUUAUAUUUGCCCAUCUUGUAUUGCAUCUUGUUGUCAUAAACUUUAUAGGUUAA